UUGCGCAUGGCUAUAUUGUUAUUUCCUGCUUAUCAACCGUAAACAUAAGUUUGUUGUUUAUAUUUUAAUCUUUAUGCUAGAUCAUAAAACCUAAAUAGAAGGCACAAUAUACCACCAGAAUUAAGAUGGAUCGACAGUUCUCCAGGAUGACCACGGCUAGUGCCACUGGAACUCGUACCUCAAGUACAACUGGAGAGGGAAAAUUCAAUAAAGCUUCAAGGAAAUUGAAGAAAAGUCUAACAGGAUUUUUCGGCUUGGACUUAGAUGAUGAGCAUGAAGAUAAAAAACAAAGAUGGAACAACAGACGAAUGAGAUUGCAUAAAGGAAAAGUUAAAGAUGAUUAUCUUCUGAAAGCAGAAUCUGACGAUUUAUUUUUGGAGAAUUCGCACCAAUUCAAAUAUAUCCAUGAUCCACUCCGUAAAAUACAUCGUCAAAGUGAAAUAUCAUCCAGACGUACCACACCUUUAUCCAGUUCAAGUACUUAUGCCAGGAGUAGACCUGGCGGCCCUAAAAGGUUACGUAAAGAUUCUGUCAUGCAGAUGACAUGGAAAGGUCUUCGUACAAUUGCUGCCUCAAGAAAGAAACUUAGAGGAAAAUCCUACAAACAUAGUGCAAGUUUUGAUCCAGCUAGAAUGGGUGAGGAAUUUGGGGAUGAUCUAUCAGCUAGUUAUGGAUACCAGCCACAACAUGAAGAUGCUAUAAGUCUUGUAGAUGAUGUAUUUUAUGAUGAACCUAUUGUUCCACCAUCACACAAGAUGUCCAGAAUGGGGGAAUAUGAGAACUUACCAGCAGGUGGAUGGAGGAGGCAACCACCUCAGGGUCUACCAUCCACUCCGUACGAUGAACUAGACAUGCCUGAGUUUUGCAUGAGAAGAAUUGGCAAACAAAUCAUGAAUAAUGAAGUUGGUCCAGAAACAAGACAGGUUGGAAUGGGAUUUGUGGGUAGACUAUUUAACAGAAGUUUUAGAAGUGACAGAAUGAAUUCCAGUGUUAAAAGUCAGAUAGCUAAUGUUGAUGAUCAUAGACCAUACUUUACAUUCUGGGUGACAUUUGUUCAGCUUUUGGUGUUCAUUGUCUCCAUAGCUGUGUAUGGUAUAGCUCCUAUUGGUGUGUCAGAGAGAGUGUAUGAAGAAUCUGUGAUGAUGCCAAACCUUGCAUUUGAGAAAGUUCGAUUUUCAGAGGCUGAAAACUUAUGGAUUGGACCCAAACAGUCUGAUUUGAUCCAUCUCGGUGCUAAAUAUUCACCCUGUAUGAGAAAAGAUGAGAAUAUAUACAAUGGUAUAGCUAAGGACUUAAUAGAGGAGAAGACAUCUGGAUGUUGUAUAAGAAAUGAUGGAUCUGGAUGUGUACAAAGUGUCAGGUCUAAAUGUAGUACAACAAUAUCAGAAUUUAAAAAGUAUAAUAGUACAAAUCCAAGUAAUUUAGGCUUCCUGACAGGUGCUGUUUGUGGCCAAGAUCCAAAAUAUUGCAGAAAUCCAGCAUCUGUUGCACCAUUUGAAUGGGACAAAAACGAUAUAACAAACUGGCCUUAUUGUGAGGAUACCACUGCACCCAUAACUAACACAAGUUUUGUGGCUGGAGAUGAUCGUCACAUGACCUGUGAAAUUUCUGGCAGACCUUGUUGCCAUGGGAUACAAGGAGAAUGCAUGAUUACCACGAGAGAACAUUGUAAUUUCAUGCAAGGAUAUUAUCAUGAAGAUAAAUUCCUAUGUUCACAAGUGAAGUGUUUGAAGCAGAUUUGUGGUAUGAUACCAUUCACUGAUGACAAUGUCCCUGAUCAGUUUUACAGACUAUGGACAUCAAUAUUUUUACAUGGAGGAUUAUUCCACUUGCUGAUAACAAUUGGCUUCCAGAUGUUGAUAAUGAGAGAUGUAGAAAAGUUAACGGGAUGUAUACGUAUGACAAUUAUCUAUGUAGGAUCUGGAAUUGCAGGCAAUCUUGCUAGUUCUACUUUCCUUCCAUAUCAUGUUGAGGUUGGACCAGCAGGAGCACAGUUUGGUAUACUAGCCUGUUUAUUGGUAGAAGCCAUACAGAGUAUACAGAUGUUAAAACGACCAUGUUUAGAAGUAACAAAGGUUCUCCUUUUCAUUAGUUUCCUGUUCUUACUAGGACUUUUACCAUGGAUUGACAACUGGGCACAUUUGACAGGUUUCGUCUUUGGAUUUUUGUUGGCAUUUGCAAUCCUGCCAUAUAUCCAUUUUGGCAAUUUUGACAAGACAAGGAAAUGUGUUAUGAUUCUGUUUGGAUUAGGAGGAGCAACCAUUUUGUUUGUUAUGUUAAUUAUAUUGUUUUAUAUCUCUCCAAUUUAUAACUGUCCUGGGUGUCAAUACUUCAAUUGUAUUCCAAUUACAGAAAAUUUCUGUAAAAAUAUGGAAGUACAGAUAAACAGAGAAUCUACAUACACAGCUUAUUUGUAGACAUACACUUCAGCUCACAUGGAUUUUGGAAUGACCACCUGUUUAUGGUGGGAGUGUGCCAAAUCUUUAGAAGUUACCCGUGCUGACCUUUAAGGGUAGGCAUGCCAUUUCUUAUUUCUAAUCUAAACAUUUGUUUUUACAAUAUCUUGAAAAACAAGAAAAGCUAUUUAAUUCAUUGUUUUUUACAAUAGUUUUUGUUGAAUUUUGAGUUAGCUGCCCAUGGUGGUCAGGUGGAAAACACAGGAUCCACUGAACUGGAGUGUAUAUUACUAUUUUUAGAAUUUUUUUCUUUUUGAUAGAUGCAUUUAUUAAUUAUUUAGGUUUUUAGCUUAUUAUGAGUAAAAAUUAGUGCUGUUAAUAUUAUAGCCUAAAUAAAAAGACGUAGAGAGGAUUUUUACAAAUAACUGUUUUCUUUUGUAGAGUUUUGAUAUUGUUACAUUUGAUAUUAAAUAACUCAUUUUAGUUUCUUCUUGAUAUUACAAUUGAUCACAUAAAACAUAGAAUACAUAUAUUUUGAUCUUUGCUAUAAAAAUGUGCAAGUUUUGAAAUUUCUAUUAUUUUUGGUUAAGUAGAUAUUUUGCUCAAGUGUAAUGUAGAAAAUUGUGCCUAUGGUAAGGAUCUAGCAAUUUUUAAAGAACAAAGUAAUGAAAUUUUUACCAGUGAAUGUUGUAUCCUUUGAUCCAAUAUGGGACAAAUACUGUAUAUGUUCUUUUUUUUUGUGAGCUUUUACUACUGAUUAAUUCACAUGUAUUUAAUUUUGCGGUAUUUUAGAAAAUAUCAGAACAGUAGUAACUGACUUAUUAUAUUAAAAUGAUAAUUAAGUUAGUCUUUAUUUGUUGAACAAAUAUAUGAAGCAAAAUUAACAAAGAUUAUUCAAUCAUCAAAUUAGUCGUCUAUUCAUUAGAGGUUAUUAUUCGAUUAAGUUGUUAAAUUUUACACAAUAAAGCUAUCAAUUUGGCUUUGGGCAUUAUCUAUUACCGAUUAUCUUUAAUCAAUUUUAUGGAUCACAGUUUGAUUGAGGUCAUUGUAAGGUAAACAUGCAUGUGCAAUUGAAAAUUCCAGUGAUAUUUAUUAAAUGGUAUGUAAGCUGCAUUUGUAUUUGCUUGUGCUUAUUUUCGUGAAAAUAUGCCUACAGCGAAAUUCGUGAAAAUAAAUACACAGCAAAAAAAGUACAUAUACAGUAGUUGUCCCAAGUCAAAUUUUCUCAGCACGUUUUACCUAUUACGCUAACCCAAAAAGUCAGUACCUCCCUGUGAUCGACUCCCACUUGCUAGGGCCUGAACUCUUUGCAAUAAAAUCAUGUCACUAAUCCAGGAUUUUUAUUUGAGCUCUCUGAAUGAUCAAGCCAAUAAGCUGAUAGCUUAAUGUUAUUGAGAUAGCUAAAUCCUGAGCUAAUUCUGAAUGAUAUAUUUUUUUCAUUGACUAGGCUUGGUAGGUGUUAAUGCAAUCACCGUAGAGCAGCAGAAUAUAAUGACUGAAUUAUUCAGGUUGCUAGGACACACAUUUUUAUGAAGUUUUUUCAAUAGUGAACUUAUAAAUGUUAUUAUAGGAGUGACUAAAAAAGUACUUUGUCUUCCUUAAUCUGUGAUAUUUGUCUCAUUGAAUGUGAUUUCUCUAUUUAUUGUAAUUGUAUAUAUAUAUAUUUAAAGAUGCAAAAUACAAGCAGAAUCAUAUUGAAUAUUUAUGUAUGAUAUUGAUCUGAUGGUGUUUUUGUCAUGCC